AUGGCUGGCACCAUGGCUGCAAGUGGCAGCUGCAGAUGCUCAAGCAAGUAUCGAAGAAUGCCAUCGAAGAAGACGAGAGCUCGUCCCCCUGGUGCCGAGGUCCCAAGCAGGUCCAAGGCACGAAUAAAGUCUUCUAAGAAGAGAGCUCCUCCUCCGGACGCCCACGACACGGGUGGAGCUGGACCCCCGAAGCGACGCAGACCCGACGUAGCGAAACGCAAGGCGGACGCGAAAACCGUUGACAUUGUGGCGCGGAAGGUGACGCUCAAGAGUUUCUGCACCCCGGAGGCGCAAGCUCUCCACUGGGACGACGUGAUCAUGACGAUGAACCACGCUGCUGCCGAAGGCUGGCUCCUUGCCAACUUCGUCGUGAUGCACACGAUUGAGAACCCCACGGGUGGUGGGGUGCUCCCCCCUAUGGACGAUAAGUUUUUUCGUAGGUGCAUGGCUACCGUGUCGAAAACGUCCAGGCCUAAGAAGACGUUCAAGACCGUGUUUCAGAAGUCAAAAGAAAAGAGGGUCCAGCCGGACCUUGCGUUGAAGGAGUGGAAAUGGAUCGACUUUGAGCGUGCAGCAGAUGAGUACCUGAAGCAUCGCGGAGGAGCUCGACGGGGUGCGCGGCGCCUCCGGCAGUAUGUGAGGGUGACGUACCCAGAGCAUCGUGCUGACGCAUUCCUGAUAACGUCUUGGGUGCUGGACGAGGCGUGCGACUGUCGGCAUUGCAAAAGCUGCCGAACCAAGAAGCGCCAGAAAAAACCGGUCCCAACCGAGAGCCAAUCGUGUGACGCCGUGAAUGACAUCGUGGGCGCUCUGCGAGAAGAUAUACCAAGAAAUCAGAACCAGAAAGUAGACUGGAAGUCCACGGACGUGUUGCGAUUAUUUCACAAGUACCUGAAGGCUGUGGAGGAGUUCAACGAGACCAACAAGGAUAACCCGAAGAUCCGACAGGAACGUGUGGACAGCAUCAUCCCAACCAAGCAGGGUUUCCGGAGCUCUUACUUCAGCAUGACAUCUACGGGGCUGUGGGACUUGUUGCGGAGAAGUCGGGACAGGCUGGAUCUCGACACUAUCGUGUACACGGAGGGUGGUGGAAGCAUCUCGCUCGGAGACAAACCGAAAGCCGAGCCCCCGCUGCGCAAGAUUGAGAACUACGACGAAAUCAAGGGGGCGGAUCCGGGGUUCACCGACAUGUUCGUAGCAUGCAUGUACAACGUCCGCUCGCAAACCUUCAGCGACGACUUUCUUAGCUAUCCAGCCAAGAAGUUCUACAGCGACUCUGGUUACUCGAGUAGUAAUCGUAAAAUUCGACGAAAACUCGGUCUCAACGCGGAAAUCAAGAAGGUGUUCAAGGACAUGCCGACAAGGAAGACAGCUUCCCUUACGAAGUUGAUGGAGUAUCUCGACUACACUGUGCCCAAGAUGGAGAGACUCUUUUCGUUCUUCAUGACCAAAACCUGUCGUGACAUGCGCUUCAGCCGGCAAGUGUUGGCUGAGAAGAACCUGCGAGAUAUUUGUCGGGAACUAGCAGGAGAGCCUGGCACGCGUACUUUGAUCGCGUUUGACAACUGGGAGUUGAACAACAGCAGCGGCAUCAUCAAGAAGAAGACCCCGGGUCCAGUCAUGAAGCUCCGGCGCAUGCUCACGGAUUAUCGCGGCGUCGACGUCAUGAUUGUGGACGAGUAUCUCACUAGCAAAAUGCACCACGGCUGCUACUCGCUCGCUCCAAUGGAGAACCAACAGGUUAAGCACCGAUGUCGCGACAAGGUUGUACGAACUGUUGGAGUGCACAAGGUCUACCACUGUCUUAAGCGGAAUGGCGGUUGUGGAGCGACCGUCGAACGCGACGUGAAUGCCUCCAAGAACAUGGUGGAGGUGGCGCUGACACAGAUGCGUGAAGGCGAGGGUGUGCGGCCGGAGCGUCUUCAACGGCCAAGUUGA